GCCGGGCGGGGCGGGCGAGGGAGGGCUGCGGCCGCGGCGGGAUGGGUCCUCGCCGCGGGCCCCGCUGAGUCGCUCGCGUGGCUGCCCGCGGCGGGCCCGCAGUGGCCGCGGCGACAUGAAGGGCGCUCUGGCGAGCCCCGUGGCCGCGGCUGCGGCCGGCGCCGCGAUGCAGGAGAGCUUCGGCUGCGUCGUGGCCAACCGCUUCCACCAGCUCCUGGACGACGAGUCGGACCCGUUCGACAUCCUGCGCGAGGCCGAGCGCCAGCGCCAGCAGCAGCUGCAGCGCCGGAGACGCGACGAGGCGGCGGCGGCGGCGGCGGCGGCGGCGGCCGGGCCCGGGCCCCGCGGCGGCAAGAGCCCGGCCGGGGCGUCGGGCCCCAGGGCUGGGCCGGGCGGCGGCCGGCGCGAGUCCCAGAAGGAGCGCAAGAGUCUCCCGGCCCCCGCGCCGCAGCCCGACAGCCCCGGGAGCGGCGCGCAGCCGCCCGGCCAGAAGCGAACUCCUAGAAGAGGAGAGUCACAGGGAUGGAAUGACAGCCGGGGAACAGAGGUAGCUCUUGACAGAGCAGAGCGGAGAUCAUACAGAGAAUAUCGACCCUAUGAAACUGAGAGGCAGGCAGACUUCACACCAGAGAAGUUUACAAAUGAAAAACCAUUAGACAGGUUUGAUCGAGAGAGACCACUGAGAGCACGUGGUGGCCUGAGAGGAGGCAUUCGAAGCAGAGGAAGAGGGGGUCCUGGAAACAGAGCUUUUGAUGCCUUCGACCAGAGAGGGAAACGAGAGUUCGAAAGAUAUGGUGGGAGUGAUAAGACAGUCAGCAGAACCGAAGACAACAUGGGGGGAUGUGGAGUUCGCACUUGGGGAUUGGGUAAAGAAACCAGCGAUGCAGAGCCCCUGGUGCCAAUGGAAGAGGCCACAGUGACAGAGACCGCAGGCUCUCCAGAGCAGGAGUCUCCAGCCAAAGUUCCUGAAUUGGAAGUAGAAGAAACUCAGGUUCAAGAGAUGACCUUAGAUGAAUGGAAAAAUCUUCAAGAACAGACCAGACCAAAGCCUGAGUUUAACAUUCGAAAACCUGAGUCCACCGUCCCUUCCAAAGCAGUGGUGAUACACAAGUCCAAAUACAGAGAUGAUAUGGUGAAGGAGGACUAUGAGGAUGAGGCCCAUGUUUUCCGGAAAGCGGCGAAUGACAUCACCUCCCAACUGGAGAUCAACUUUGGGAGCCUCCCACGUCCUGGACGCGGGGCCAGAGGCGGCUCCCGGGGAGGCCGGGGAAGGAUCAGAAGGGCAGAGAACUAUGUACCCAGGGCAGAAGUGAUACAAGACAUUGCUCCCAACCCAGAUGACCCUGAGGACUUCCCCGCUCUGGCCUGAGAGAGCCCUCUUUCCCUGGCAAGGAAACAGCCCCAGUGCACCUGGAGAGAGACUUUCCUUGCUGUGAGGAAGAGAAUCAGACUCUGAGAACAAUAGAUGUUGCUUUUUUCCCCA